CUUGAUUUCCUCUACCUAGCUGCACCAAAACGUUGGUAAUUUGCAUUAGCACAAUGUCGGCAAGCCAACUGCCUAUUCCUCUUUACAAGAAAGUUUUCUUAAAGUACACUUCUCAUAGAGUUUUGGACGUUGUCAUCCUUGUCCUCCUCCUCUCUCUUCUCCUUCAUCGUCUCCUUUCCCUCAACGAUCACGGAUUUUACUGGCUCCUUGCUUUCCUUUGUGAGUCCUGGUUCACCUUCUACUGGUUUCUCGUGGUUAACAGCAAAUGGAAUCCCGUUCAAUAUAUAACGUAUCCAGAAAACCUGAACAAAAGAUUCUCAGAACUUCCUCCAGUAGACAUGUUCGUGACGACUGCAGAUGCGGUGCUGGAGCCUCCAAUCAUCACAGUGAACACUGUUCUGUCUUUGUUGGCAGUGGAUUACCCAGCUAACAAGCUUACUUGCUAUGUGUCAGAUGACGGAUGUUCUCCGCUUACCUUUUACUCCCUCCUCCAAGCAUCCAGAUUUGCUAAACACUGGGUUCCCUUUUAUAAUGCUAAGUUUCAACAAGAGUGGGUAAAGAUGAAGGAGGAGUACGAGCAGCUUCGUGAAAAGAUAGAAAAUGCGGCCAAAAUGUCAACUCCUUUGGAUGAAACGGGAGAGCUUGCUGUCUUUGCCGAAGUAGAACGUGGAAACCAUCCAACUAUAGUCAAGGUAUGAGUAAAUUCGCAAGAUUCAUGAAUAAUCAUUAUGGAUUUAC